UCUCUAACAUCGUUGCCCAUCAUAUCCCUCCUUGAUCCUUGGUAGCAACGAUGGAUCCCACCUUUGUGCAAAAUCUGCACAACCUCCUCGCGCAGACGAGCGUGCCGGACACAAACGUCGUCAAGAACGCGACGGAGACGCUGCAGAAGCAGUACUUCCCCAACAGCAAUUCGUUGCCCGCCCUCUUCGAGAUUGUGUCGUCAAGUCAGGACCUCAAUGUCAGGCAGUUGGCGGCCGUCGAGCUGAGGAAGCAGGUCAAGAAGAAAGAUGGGGCAAAUUGGAAGAAGCAGCAGCAAGCGACGAGGGAGCAUAUCAAGGCGCAGAUCUUGGAUGGCAUACUCAAAGAGACCAGCGUCCUCGUACGCAACUCCGUCUCCCGCGUCAUCUCGGAAAUCGCAGAGAUUGAGCUUCCCCACAACACCUGGCCGGCUCUCCUUCCCUUCCUAUUCAAUGCGGUCUCAUCAUCAAAUUCAGUCCACCGCCACAUUGCCAUUUUCAUCUUCUACACCAUCCUCGAUACCCUCGCCGACGAAUCGCAGUCGAGCAACACUUUUGACCCUUACCUGCCGCAAAUUAUGGCCGUUUUCGAGAAGACACUCCAGGACCCGGAAUCCCUCGAAGUCCGCAUCACUACCGUCCGAGCUUUGGGCCGUGUAGCCAACAACCUCGAGACGGACGCAGUUGGUGACCUCUCAGCAAUGCAGUCGGCCAUCCCCAAAAUGAUCGAGAUCCUCCAUCAGUGUCUGCAGGAGACGCACACCGAUGGUGUCCGCCACAUCUGCGAGGUCGUCGAGGAGAUGUGCCUCCUCGAGACGCCCGUUUUCGGCAACCAUCUGCCCAACGUCAUCGACUUCCUCCUCGUCAGUGCAGCGAACGCAGACUACGAGGAGGACAUGCGCCUCGCCUGCCUCAACGCCAUCGUCUGGAUGUGCAGCCACAAGCGAUCAAAGAUCCAAACGCUCAACCUCGCACGACCUAUGAUCGUCCGCCUCAUUAGCAUCGCGACUGAGGAAGAGCCAGAAGACACCGACGAGGACUCACCUGCUCGCCUUGCACUGCGCGUCAUUGAUGAGCUGGCGACCGAGCUUCCUCCUAGCCACGUCUUCCCUCCCGUCUACGAGGAGAUGCAAAAGUACAUGUCAAAUGGCGAUGCCGGUCACCGCAAGGCCGCCCUUAUGGCACUCGGCGUCUCAGCAGAGGGAUGCACCGAGUUCAUUCGCCCCCACAUGAACGAGAUCUGGCCCUUCAUCGAGGCAGGUAUGCGCGACAGCGACGUACGAGUCCGCAAGGCUGCCUGCAUCUCCCUUGGAUGCCUCUGCGACGUGCUGGACGAGGAGUGUGCAGCAAGGCACGCUGUGCUACUUCCCAUGAUCAUGGACCUGGUUGCCGACCCUGCCACUCAGCGAGCUGCAUGCACGGCCUUGGACGGCAUCCUUGAGGUGAUGGGCGACGACAUCGGCCAAUACCUCCCCGCCAUCAUGGAGCGCAUGGCCGCCCUCCUCGAGUCCGCGCCCGUGAUGGUCAAGAGCACAAUUGUCGGCGCCAUCGGCUCGGCAGCUCACGCAUCAAAGCAGGGCUUCCUCCCUUACUUCCAGCAGACGAUCCAGCGAUUCCAGCCUUUCCUCCUCCUCACCGAAGAUGGCGAGGAGCAAGACCUCCGUGGCACUACCACCGACACCAUCGGCACCAUCGCCGAAGCGGUAGGCAAGGACCACUUCCGUCCCUACCUUGCCGAUGCGAUGAAGAUCACCAUCGAUGCGCUCAGCAUCGAAUCUCCUCGCCUCAGGGAGUGCAGCUUCAUCUUCUUUGCCGUCAUGGCCCGUACGUUCGGCGAGGAAUAUGCCCCUUACCUCCCCGCCACCGUCCCGGCCUUGAUUGCCUCUUUCAAGCAGGCGGAGCACGACCCCGUUCCUGGCGCCUCGGGCAAUGGUGUCGUCGACGGCGUUAGCGUAGACGAUGGCGACGACGGCUUCGUCGACAUUGAUGCGGUCAAUGACGCCUUCAUGAACGUGAACAGCGCCAUUGCCGUGGAGAAGGAGGUGGCCGCAGACUCCCUCGGCGUGGUCUUUGAGUACACGCGCCAACACUUCAUUCCUUACAUGGAGGAGGCGGUCAACGAGCUUUGUGAGAUGCUGCAGCACUUCUAUCAGGGGAUCCGCAAGUCUGCCGUCGCAACGCUGUUCACUUUCAUCAACACAUUCCAAGACUUGAACAACCCGCAAGAGUGGAAGGCAGGUGCUCAGCCGCCGGUCCCCCUCAGCGCUCCUGUGCAAGCGCUGGUCGACAAGGUGGUGCCCGGUGCGCUGGAGGUGUGGGAGGACGAGUACGAGCGCGUCGUCUCCAUCGAGAUCUGCCGCGGUCUCGCAGAAUGCUUGAACAAGAACGGCCCGGCUAUCAUCGCGCCGCAAUACCUCGAGGCUGUCUGCACGCAAACCAUGCUCACUCUCGAGGGCAAGACGGCCGCGCAAGUAGACGCAGACGGCGAGGACGACGACUUGGCAGAGGAAGCCUCAGAGUACGGUUCCCUCCUCAUCUCGGCCGCUUCCGACCUUGUGGGCGCGAUGGCCACCGUCCUUCAAGCCGACUUCACCGACCCGCUCCGUCAAUUCCUGCCGGCGCUCAUCAAGUACUAUACCCCUGCCCGCUCUUCUGCUGACAGGGCAACAGUCGUGGGCACCUUUGGCGAGGUCAUUACGGGCAUGAAGGAGCACAUCACUCCCUUCACCAAUGAGCUCCUCAGCGUCAUCUCUCGCGCCGUAGCCGACGAAGACCCGUCGGUACGCUCCAACGGAUGCUUCGCUGCUGGUGUGCUGGUGCAGAAUAGCAAGCAGGACCUCUCACCUCACUUCCCUGCUCUCCUCAAUGCCCUCCGUCCCAUGUUCGACAAGCGCCAGAGCGAGAGCAAUGACGAGCAAAUCGCGACGGAUAAUGCAGUCGGAUGCGCUUGCCGUAUCAUCACAUCGAAGCCCGACGGCUUGCCUCUUGACCAGCUCUUGCCCGUCAUCUUUGGCUGCUUGCCACUGAGGAAGGACAUGGCCGAAUGGGCUCCCGUACUGCAAUCGCUCAUGAGCCUGGUGCAGAGCAACAACGCCGUGGCGGCACAGCACAUUGAUACCAUUUUGCAGCUCUUUGCGCACGUGCUUGGCCAACAAGAGGACGUCCUUGGAGGGCAGCUGAGGGGCCAGGUCGUUGCAUUCAUUGGCGCUCUUAACCAGAGUGCCGGUGACAAGGUACAGGCUGCGGGGUUGAGCCAGUAUGUCGUCUAAGCUCCCCUCUGCCUCUAUGCCUCGCUCUAUCUUCUUGUUCAUUCGUCUUUACCCCUCCAUCGCUUCUCGACCUUCUUGAUGAUAAUGUCUACACUCAAUGCGGUUAGCAUACUCUACGUAGAUGACCACCACGGGCCGUGACGACGGCUGUUCAUUCUCGAUGUUGCGCCCAACCGUAG